CUGAUAUAGUGAAGUGGUAUUUGUAAAAAAAGAAGAUUAAUACCGUGAUAAAUAAAAAUAAAAUUUUGUCAAAGUGAUCAUAAGUAUUUGAUAAUUAAAGAGUGUUAUUAUAUUCAUAUACAACUAUAGAAAUCUAAGAAUUUUGAGUCAAUAUUAAUGUUUGUGACAGCAGGAGAUUGUUGACUCUCUUUGAAAAGGAUCUAAAUACGGUUAAACCUGUCUUCUUUGGUGCUGGACAGACGGGUGAAAAACAAAAAACACGAAGCAAGGUCAAGUCGGUGGUGCGUGGAGAGGGUUCUCUUUCACUUGUAGAGCGAAUAGUGUGAUCAGUGUGAGCGUGCAAUACCGGUCGAGCGACUGAAAGGGUCGCGUGUUAUCGGCCACGCGAAAUAUCCUAUGGUAAAAGUGCUUAAUCAGCUCCGUGGAUAAGGGUUGUUACCUUUUUCAAGUGUGAUAAAAGAUCGAAGGCAACGGCCGUCCGAAAUGAUUCUGCGCAUUUGAGGGGGCAAGGAGUGAGUUGAUCGACGAGGGUGCACGAGUGCUGGAAGCCGCCAGAAACACGGAGAACGAGGUGGUUUUUAGAAGAAGCCGUAGGGAGGAGGGGGGACGGGUAAAAUCCCGUCCCGUAGGAUAGGAAGGUAGUUUAGGGGUGUAAGUUGGAUUGACGAGACUUAGGAGGGUGAAGCAGGGAUGACGAAACUUCCAUUUCAUUGUCGGCGGAUGCCGCCUGUUCUUCUUUUGCUCUUGUUCUACUUUCUUCUGGAGGUACCGCUUAAGGCUGAUGCUGCGUCAUCAGAUAUUGUUAAUCAGUUUUACGAUCCAGAGGUCCAGCGAAUGAAUCACCUCGUCGUAGACAAGAACACUGGUCGAGUCUAUGUAGGAGCGGUUAAUCGUCUUUACCAAUUUUCACCAGAUCUCAAUGUCGUAGUAAAAGCAAUCACUGGGCCCCAGGAAGAUGCUUACGACUGUUCUAGUUUCAAUUGUCCUGAAGAUGCUGUUAAACGAAAACUGGACAAUGUUAAUAAGGCUUUGGUGAUUGAUUAUACAACGAGCAGGCUGAUAUCAUGCAAUAGCCUAUUCCAAGGAACAUGUGAUGUUAGGAAUCUCAACAGUAUUACGGAAGUAGUGCAGAAAGUAAAAGAUCCAGUUGUAGCGAACAAUGCGACAGCAUCAACAGUGGCAUUCAUUGCUCCUGGACCUCCAAAUCCUCCUGUAUCUCAAGUCAUGUAUGUCGGUGUCACGUACACUGCGAAUUCACCAUACAGGUCGGAGGUUCCGGCGGUUAGUUCAAGAUCCCUCGACUCAAACAAGAUGCUCAACAUCGCCGAGUCCGCGGUCACGACUGGCACGAGGAUAUACGUAAACUCACUCUCAAGGGAGCGAUAUCCGAUCAACUACAUAUACGGUUUCAGCAGUGAGGGCUUCAGCUACUUCUUUACCACCCAGUUGAAAAACAGUGAGGCCACUAACUUUAUCUCCAAGCUCGUUAGACUCUGCCAGGAUGACAUGCACUACUAUUCUUACACAGAAAUUCCAGUUGAGUGCAAGAAUGCAGACACAAACUAUAACCUUGUACAAGCGGCUUACGUUGGUAAAGCAGGAUCCGUUCUUGCCAGUGCACUUGGAAUUACGGCUCAAGAUGAUGUGUUGUAUGCUAUAUUUGCUGUUAGUGACGAUCCUAAUAGCCAACGACCUGGUAACGAUUCAGCUCUUUGUGUUUAUGCACUAAAAAAUAUCCGCAGGAAGUUUAUGAAAAAUAUACAAAAGUGUUUUGCUGGAGAUGGUCAACGAGGAUUAGAGUUCAUUUCGCCGAGUCACAAGUGCGUUCUUACGAAACUACAAACAAUUGCGGAGGAUUUUUGUGGUUUAGACGUCAACACACCAUUGGGUGGAUCGGAGCCAAUGACAGCAGCUCCAGUGCUCACUUUUCCAGAGCUAUGUACCGCUGUAGCAGCAACAUCUACUGGAGAUUUUACCGUUGUCUUUAUAGGCACUCGUAAGGGCCAUUUGAAGAAGGUGGUUGUAGAGAGUGCAAGUAUUGCACAGGAAUAUGGAGAUCUGGAGAUCGAUCCUAACUCAACAGUGAACCCCGACCUGCUGUUUGAUGCUCAACAGCCACCAAUGCAUCUCUACGUGCUGACUGAAAAGAAAGUCUCCAAGGUUAAAGUUCAAGAAUGCUCUGUAUACAAGACUUGUUGGGAUUGCCUUGGUGCUAAAGAUCCAUAUUGUGGCUGGUGCUCAUUGGAGAAUAAAUGUAAUUUACGUAGUGACUGUCCGGAUGCUGCAAACGAUCCUCUUUAUUGGGUUCCAUACAAGAGUGGUCGAUGUACCACUAUAACUUCAGUAACACCAGAUCAAUUACAGAAAACGACUGCACGAACUCUAGAAUUAUCAAUUGACAAUUUGCCAACUCUAAAUGGAGAAUUUCUAUGUGCAUUCUCCGUAUUUGACAAAACUCUUAUCACAAAUGCAUCACGAAAAACAUCUGGAGUCAACUGUACGACGCCAAGAACUGACCUGUUGCCUUCCAUUCCAGUAGGCCAUCACCAUUUUACAGCUAAAUUAUCGGUUAGAAUGACCAAUGGACCAGAUCUUGUAGCAACUAAUUUCACAUUCUUUGACUGUAAUACCUACUCAUCGUGUACUGAAUGCGUAUCAUCCAGUUUCCCUUGUGAUUGGUGUGUCGAUGGACACAGAUGUACACAUGACACUGCCGCAAACUGCCGUAAUGACAUUCUCGUCACGGGUGUUAAUAGAAUAGGACCGAGUUAUAGAAGUGGGCCAGCAUUCUGUCCAACAAUAAAUUCAACCGGAUCUCAGGAGAUUCUCGUGCCUUCUGGCGUUAAAAAACCUAUUUCUGUCCAAGUGCAUAUCAUAGGACAAUUUAUCGUACAAACUCGGUUUGUCUGUCAAUUCAACAUAGAAGGACGAGUAACGAGUGUCAAUGCCAAAAUUUUUGGUGAUACAAUUGCUUGUGAUGAAAUGGAAUUUUCAUACAGCUCAAAACCGCCCAACAUAACUGUACCAUUUGCUGUUAUCUGGGGUGGAUCCAAGCCUCUUGACAACCCCUACAAUAUUCACGUUGUUAUAUAUAGAUGCCGCGACAUGGCAGACAAUUGUGGUAUGUGUUUAGCAAUCCCUCCAAAAUAUGGCUGUGGUUGGUGUCAAAGCUCAGAUAGGUGUGAAGUAAAAGAACAAUGUGAACGUGGAUUCGGAAUAUGGUUAGAUAGAAAUAUGACUUGUCCAAACCCAGAGAUACAUUCAUUUGAACCAAUGAUGGGUCCAUGGGAAGGUAACACCAACAUAACGAUCAAAGGAAUUAAUCUCGGUAAGACCUUUAGUGACAUUUAUGGAGGCGUGACUGUUGCUGGAUUGCCUUGCCAGCCUUAUGAGAGCCUUUACAUACGCACAAAACAAAUUACAUGUCGAGUUGAUGGUCCUGGUAAUAAAGAGCAAAAACAAGGACCAGUUAUUGUAAAGAUAGAAAAUUUUCGAGGUCAAUCCAGACAUAAUUAUCAGUUUGUCAACCCAGUCAUCACGAAUAUUUCACCGAAAUAUGGACCGAGAAGUGGAGGAACGACUGUGAAAAUUACUGGAAGGUAUAUGAAUGCCGGCAGUGAGAUUAAAGUUAUGAUUGAUGACCUGCCUUGCUCGGUAAUUAAUGCAGAGUCCAACGAGACAUUAUGUAUGACUAGUGCUAGUGAUAUUAACAGAAAUGGAACUCUCUUAAUGAUAUUCGACGGAAAAAACAGAACUUAUAAUGGAUUUUUUGAGUACGUAGAUGAUCCGACCAUUAAAAGCGUCGAGAGUGGUGUUGCUGGACAGAUGAAAAUUCCUAAAGGAAUCCCAGCAGGUGGAAUCAAGAUUUCAGUUACUGGAAAGAACCUUGGUUAUAUUCAAAAUCCACAGAUGUAUGUAUAUUACGAUGAGAAAAUGUUUGUAUCUCGCUGUGACGUUCUUAGUCAAACGAAUAUGGAGUGCAAAUCACCAACGAUUGAAGUGCCAGAAAAUGUAGUACUAGAUGCAGAGAAACCUUUGAAUUUAGAAUACGGAUUUCGCAUGGACAAUGUAUCUGGAGUUCAAAAUCUCACUCAGUACGGCUUUAACCAUUUUCUUCUUUAUCCCAAUCCUAUUUAUGAUACAUUCGAUGAAGAAGUCAAGUAUUACAAAAGUGAUUAUCUCACGAUCAAUGGCCAACAUCUUGAUCGUGCUUGUCAAGAGUCAGACGUGAUUGUUCAGAUCGGUUCUACUUAUUGUAACGUGACAUCUCUAUCGAGGCAACAACUCACUUGUAGGCCACCGCUUUCUCAACCCCCGGCACUCAAUGCCGAAGGUCUGCCUGAUAAACAAGAACUGCCUGAAGUAAUAGUUAUUGUUGGCAAUACUCUACGUUUCAAGAUAGGCAAAUUGAGUUAUGCUCUACCUACUGGUUUGAAUGGACCACUUUCCAAACCUGCACUUAUAGGUGUUGUAGUGGCUAUCGUAGUUCUUAUCGUCAUUUUCAUCGCAUUCCUCAUUGCAUAUAGACGAAAAUCAACGGAAAGUAACCGUGUGCUCAAAAACAUGCAAGAACAGAUGGAUAUUCUUGAAUUACGUGUCGCAGCUGAAUGUAAAGAGGCGUUUGCUGAAUUACAAACGGAAAUUACUGAUCUCACUGGUGAUGUAACCAGUGGCGGAAUACCUUUCCUAGAUUACAGGACGUAUGCUAUGAAAAUUCUGUUUCCGAAUGUUGAUAACCACGUAGUUCUUCAGUGGGAUAGACCAGAACUAUCACGUAAAGAGAAAGGUUUACGUCUUUUUGGACAGCUUAUUAUGAAUAAAACCUUCCUACUUCUCUUUGUGAGGACCCUUGAAAGCAAUCGUUACUUUUCAAUGAGGGAUCGUGUCAAUGUUGCAAGUCUCAUCAUGGUAACACUGCAGAGUAAAAUGGAGUACUGCACAGAUAUUUUAAAAACUCUACUUGCUGAACUCAUCGAAAAAUGUAUGGAAGGGAAAAGUCAUCCUAAAUUACUACUUAGACGGACCGAGAGUGUUGCAGAAAAAAUGCUAUCCGCUUGGUUCACUUUUCUGCUGUACAAAUUUAUGCGCGAGUGCGCUGGCGAACCACUUUAUAUGCUGUUUCGUGCAAUGAAGCAGCAGGUUGACAAGGGUCCUGUUGAUGCAAUCUCUUCCGAAGCACGGUAUUCACUCUCGGAAGAGAAGCUUAUAAGACAGUCAAUUGACUUUAAGCCAAUGACCGUCUAUGUAACCAUAGCUCUACAAACAGUAUUUAGUGGAUUAGAUCCUAGCACUGAAAACGUCCCUGUGAAGGUUCUUGAUUGUGACACCAUUUCUCAAGUUAAAGAAAAAGCAUUAGAUACCAUUUACAGAGCUACACCAUAUAGUCAAAGACCUAGAAAAGAUGAUCUUGAUCUCGAAUGGCGAACAGGAGCAUCAGGAAGAUUGAUUCUCUAUGACGAGGACUCAACGACAAAAACUGAAGGCGAAUGGAAAAAGAGAAAUACUUUGAAUCACUACAGAGUACCAGAUGGAGCUUCUCUUAGCUUAGUCUCCAAACAAUCAUCGAUUUACAAUCUUUCUAUAUUGUCCGAGAAAACAGAUAAAUCUCACAAAUAUGAAACGUUAAAUCUCAGCAAGUUCAGUUCAGCAAGUCCACCACUUUCUCGUGCUACAUCACCUCUAAAUCAUGAUCAUGAUGGUGGAGUAAAAGUUUGGCACUUGGUCAAACACCAUGACACAGAUGCUCAGAAAGAGGGUGAACGUGGCAACAAAAUGGUAUCAGAAAUUUAUUUAACAAGGUUACUUUCAACAAAAGGUACUUUACAAAAAUUUGUCGACGACUUGUUCGAAACAAUCUUCAGUACAGCUCAUCGAGGAUCAGCAUUACCACUUGCUAUCAAAUAUAUGUUUGACUUCCUCGAUGAUCAAGCACUACUUCAUGGCAUAUCUGAUCCAGAAGUCGUUCAUACGUGGAAAAGCAAUUCUCUUCCUCUCAGAUUUUGGGUGAAUCUUAUCAAAAAUCCCAACUUUGUUUUUGAUAUUCAUAAAUCCAAUAUUGUAGACUCUUGUCUCUCUGUUGUGGCACAGACGUUUAUGGACAGCUGUUCUACAUCAGACCAUAGAUUAGGCAAGGAUUCUCCGAGCUCAAAGCUGCUAUAUGCCAAGGACAUUCCAGUGUACAAAGAGUGGGUAGAACGCUAUUAUUCAGAUAUUAAAAUGAUGCCUGCUAUUUCUGAUCAAGACAUGAAUGCAAUGUUAGCUGAAGAGUCUAGGUCUCAUACGUCAGAAUUUAAUACAAAUUGCGCUCUCUAUGAGUUGUAUACAUACGCAGGAAAAUACAACGAGCAAUUAAUAGUGACCCUUGAGGAGGAUGAAUUUUCACAGAAACAAAGGCUGGCGUACAAAUUAGAACAGGUGCACAAUAUAAUGUCGGUGGACGUUAAUCCCUGAUGUCCCGUGAUUCCGACCAAGCAUCCGACCAAGUCUCUACGUCAUGAAUGGCCAUGCUGAGUCAAGAUGCUAGGUUAUUAUGAUUAAAAUGCCAAGUGAACUGGCCUAAUAUAUACGCUUCAACUUUAUCAUGGACAGUCGCAAGAGAAAGUUAACUUUUUUUGUACUCUAUCUAUUAUUUCACUCUAUCUUUCAAACUAUAUAUUAUCAAAGACUCAAGCAUAGUGAAAGAAAGAUAGAGAGGAUAAGUUGUGCGACUUCUGUGUGAAAAUAAUUAGCGAGAUGAUUAAAUUAUGCUCAAGACGUAAUGUAGUCUUCAAGCAAGCCGCUGGCUGGAAGGUGUGACAAUUAUAUCAUCGCACUUACCAGAUAAUAAUGUAUAUAAAGUACCAAAAUAAUGAUAUUGCAAUAGAAAAUAAUAUUAUUAUACAUGCUCACACUCCGGCGGUCAAGCAUAACAGAUUGUCGCGUUAGGUAAAAGGAAAAAAAGCAUUUUUAAUGAAAAAUUAAAUCGAAAAAAGUUAAUAUAAUAAUACGUACAAACAAGUUGUUUGACGAUAUUUGUAAAA